GGGCGCUCCCGGCCCUGGUCCAUCCGGCUUCGUAGCGGACAUGGCUGGCUCCCGGCUCCCGCGGCAGCUUUUCCUCCAGGGUGUGGCCGCGGUGUUCAUGUUCGCCUUCGCUUCCCUCUACACGCAGAUCCCGGGCCUCUACGGCCCCGAUGGCAUCCUCCCCGCGCGGAGGACGCUGAGGCCGCAGGGUAAGGGGCGCUGGCAGCAGCUGUGGGAGACGCCAACGCUGCUGUGGGAGGCACCGAGGCUGGGGCUGGACACAGCCCAGGGCCUGGAGCUGCUGACCCUGACGGGCACGGUGCUGGCCCUGAGUGUCCUACUGCUACGCCCUCUGCGCCACCCCCUGGUCUACCUGCUGCUCUGGGCUGCCUACCUGUCAGCCUGCCAGGUGGGCCAGGUAUUCCUCUAUUUCCAGUGGGAUUCCUUGCUGCUGGAGACUGGCUUCCUGGCUGUGCUGGUGGCACCACUGACGCCGCCGCCCCGUCACAAGCAGGGCAGGGCCUCACCCCACGAAGGCCUCCCCUUCUGGCUCGUGCGCUGGCUCCUGUUCCGCCUCAUGUUCGCCUCUGGGGUGGUCAAGCUGACCAGCCGCUGCCCCACGUGGUGGGGGCUCACUGCCCUCACCUACCACUAUGAGACACAGUGCCUGCCCACACCUGCUGCCUGGUUCGCCCACCACCUGCCAGUCUGGCUGCACAAGCUCAGCGUGGUCGCCACCUUCCUCAUCGAGAUUGCAGUGCCCCCUCUGUUCUUUGCCCCCAUUCGCCGCCUGCGUUUGGUUGCCUUCUAUGCUCAGGUGCUUCUGCAAGUCUUGAUUAUCAUCACUGGCAACUAUAACUUCUUCAACCUGCUAACGCUGGUGCUCACCACUGCCCUCCUAGAUGAUCAUCACCUAUCUGCUGAGCCUGGCUGUAGCCGCCAUAAGAGGACGCCUACCUGUACCAAGCUUCAUCCUGGCAUCCUGGCUGUGGACCCUCAGUCAACCUGUGAUUGUCCUACACUAUCUAUAGCCUGGCCCAAGGCCCUCUUGGCCACACUGUCCCUGCUACUGGAACUAGCCAUCUAUGGGCUGCUGGCCUAUGGCACUGUACACUAUUUUGGCCUGGAAGUUGACUGGCAGCAGCGCACCAUCCACUCCAGAACCACCUUCACCUUUCACCAGUUCUCCCAGUGGCUGAAGACAGUGACCUUGCCCACCAUGUGGCUGGGGGUGGUCUCCCUGGCUUGGGAGCUGCUGAUGACCUUCUGGAGGUGGACCCAGGUACAGGGGUGGCUGCGGAAGCUCUGUGCGGGGGUCCAGCUCUCUGUGGUGGGCGCUGCCACAGUUGCCUUGUUCUUGAUCAGCCUGGUACCCUACUCCUAUGUGGAGCCUGGGACCCACGGACAUCUCUGGACCGGGGCCCACCACCUGUUUGGUGCUGUGGAGCACUUGCAGCUGGCCAAUUCAUACGGCCUCUUCCGCCGGAUGACUGGGCUGGGUGGGCGGCCUGAGGUGGUGCUGGAAGGCAGCUUCGACGGGCACCACUGGACAGAGAUCGAGUUCAUGUAUAAGCCUGGGAAUGUGAGCCGACAGCCCCCUGUCCUGGUGCCCCACCAGCCACGCCUUGACUGGCAGAUGUGGUUUGCAGCCCUUGGCCCCCACACACACAGUCCCUGGUUCACCAGCCUCGUGCUCCGCCUGCUGCAGGGCAAGGAGCCAGUAAUCCGCCUGAUCCAGAGCCACGUCACCAGUUACCCGUUUCACAAGCAGCCACCUACCUACAUCCGGGCCCAGCGCUACAAGUAUUGGUUCUCACGGCCUGGAGAGCAAGGCCGGUGGUGGCGACGGCAGUGGGUGGAGGAAUUCUUUCCCUCUGUGUCCCUGGGGGACCCAAUGCUGGAGAUGCUGCUCCAACAGUUCGGGCUUCAGGACAAGAACCCACCUCGGGCACACAGCCCCAGCAGAGUCCUGGCCCGGGCCUUGCACUGGGUGAGGACGCAGCUGUCUCCGCUGGAGCCUCCCACACUGCUCUGGAGUCUCCUGGCGGCUGUUGGAGCUAUCAAAAUGGUACAAGCGUUGCUGGCCCCUGGGCCCUUCCAGUCCUCACCUCUGGCCAGAGGGGAGAAGCAAAGACCAGCCUCCAAGAAGGACUCCAGAGCAGCUUCCGAGCCAGCUGCCCCAAGCUCCAACCCGGGCAAUGGUUCCCGGCCCCCCAGGCGGAAAAAAUAGAGGUGCUUUCACCACCGGUCGCCAGAGGGUAGGGCUCCCAGACCUCUGCCCUGCAGCAGGGAUGCAGGUCGGCCACUGUGCCUUAGCCAGGCCUACGGGUUCACACUCAGGUCCGAGUCGGGGGACUACAGGGUGCUACCUUGAGGACCCACCAGUCCUCUCCUGCCAAUCAGAACCCUGUCCAUUGACUCCCUCCCACUCACACAUGCACCCUCACUCCAGGUGGUGGGCCUGCAGCAGCCUAACUCAGGCCCUUCCUGGGAUAUAAUCUGCCUGGGGAGCCCUGCCCUUCCCCUGACUGUAAAGGUCUGAGUCUGGAGCCCCCACCUCAGCCCCAGUGUGGGGGAGUGGAACUCACCCGGGAAGGGAGCAGGAAAGGCAGACAUGAGCAGUGGUGGAGCCAUAUGCACCUGCCCCUUCUUCAGACCUGUCCUUGAAGCUUGUUCUUCAGACCCACACCAAUAAAGGCUUCCUUUGUGUGGC